CUUGAAAUAGGGAUAUUAUUUCUUUAUUUAUUUUGGGAGAGAGGCGAAGAAGUUGAAGUAGAAAAAAAGAAAAAUAUUAUUAUAUAAAAAAAAAAAUGACUAUUUGAUUUCCCUAAGAAGAAGAGGCUGUUCUUCAUACGUUUCAUUCCCAGUAUCCAAAACCAACAGAAAUUAUACACACACCCCACCUCUCUCUCUCUCUCUCUCUCUCUCUCUCGCGCGCUCUCGUUCGUUCGCUCGCUCCCUAAUAGCACAAAACAAAACCCUAUUCGGUAUUUCGCUAUUUUUCUCAGACUCCCAACCCCAUUUUCUCGUUCCCAAAAUUUUCUCUUUCGCUCUCUGAGUCUUUCUCUUUCGCUGUGUGUGCCGCUUUAUCUCUCUCUUUUUUUUUUUUGUUUAAUUUUUUUUUUUUGGGGCAAAGUCUGAAACUCUCUAAUUUUUCUGAAACGUACGCAUUGUUUUUCUGAUUGAGAGAAUAUACUGGGGCGGUUAUUAAAACGGUUAUGUUUUGGCGUAAUCGUCAAUCGCAGCGGGUAGGGUUAGUUCUCUUUGUCUCUCUGUCGCUCUCUUUGUGGUGCCGCCCUUUGUCGCGCUCUGAGAAUUUGUACCCCUAAUUUUUUUUUUUUUGUUUUAAAUAAUUUUUUUUUUUUUUUUUUGGCUUUGCUCAAACCCUAGGUGUUGGGAAGUUUAUAUAGGCGCAUAGAUAUAUGUUAUAGGGUUUCUAUUUCUGCGCAUUUUCGACUUCACACUCUGAUUUUUUCUAUUGCUCGUCUAGGGUUUUUAUCUGAUUUGAACUGAUUGAUGGGUGUGGAUUUUUGUUCAAGAAUCUUCCUGGGUUGUCUUUCAUUGUUCCCGUAGUUACACUCUUGUUUUGUUUGACGUGUCUGGCCGUGUAAUUGUGGAGAUGAGGGUCCUCUGAGCGUGUUAUUAUCUUCUGCAAUUCCAUCUUUUUUAAAUUGAAGAUGGAGGCGUAGUGGAUUUUUUUUUUUUUCCUUUUUUCUCUCUCUUUUCCAAUACCAUUUUGGUAAUUGUUGAGGUUUGCGCAUAUUGUUCUUGCCAUUGGCUUUGUUUUUCUCCCUCUGGGUUCACGCCCGUGUGAAAAUUUACUUCGUUUAUUGUAAACCCUAGUUCCCAUAUAUACAGAAGAAGCCCAUUUUGGUUAAGAAAAAGUAUUGGCCUGUUUUUUUGUAGCUGCUUGUGAACAAGUUGGUUUUUUAGGUGGGAAAAAGCUUUUGUCAAGAACAGAAUUUUGGGAUUCUGCAUUAAAGGACAACAAAUUUCAUAUGCUGGGUUCGCAACCGUGUGAGCAUUUCCUAUUUCAAUCAAUUUUUUAGGGGAUAUUAUUCAUAGACGGACCGAGUUAAGUUCUUAAUAUAUCAUUUUACAUUUGGAACAGUCAGUUGCUAAUUGGAGUUUAUUGUGAAGUAAGAUUCAUUAUUUAGGGAAACGAACACAGGUUAGAAUUGUAACUCAGUAAUUCUUUGUCGAAGUAUAACAUUUUGGGAAAAGGGUGGAGGAUUGUGGAAGGUGAGAAGUGAUACUCUUGUAACAACUGAUCAUGUUCAGUGCUCCUUAUGGAAAGAAGUGAACCCACGUUAGUUCCACAAUGGUUGAGAAGUGCUGGAAGUGUAACUGGGGGUGGCAAUUCAGCCCACCAUUUCGCAUCAUCUUCUUCUCAGUCAGAGGCUUCUUCGUUGGCUAAUCACUCGAGAAAUAGAACUUCUAGGAGCGUAAGUGAUUUUGAUACUCCUCGUUCUGCUUUCUUGGACCGGUCUUCCUCAUCAAAUUCUCGGAGGAGUUCUAGUAACGGUUCUGCUAAGCACGCUUACAGUAGUUUUAACAGAAGUCAUCGUGAUAAGGACCGUGAAAAGGACAAAGAUAGAUCAAGUUUUGGAGACCAUUGGGACCGUGAUACUUCUGACCCUUUGGGAAACAUUUUUAGUAGGAAUGAGAAGGACACUUUGCGGCGUUCUCAGUCUAUGGUAUCUAGGAAACAGGUUGAUCCUAUGCCCCGUAGAAUUUCAAAUGACUUGAAAAACUCUAGCAACACUAACCAUAAUAAUGGCAAUGGUGUGCUGCCUGGGGUUGGGGUUGGGAUUGGUAGUAGUAGCCAGAAGGCUGUAUUUGAGAAGGAUUUUCCCUCCCUUGGAACUGAAGAAAGGCAAGGUGGGGCUGAUAUUGGAAGAGUUUCAUCUCCUGGUUUUACUACUGCUGUUCAGAGUUUGCCUGUGGGUAGUUCAACUUUGAUUGGUGGAGAGGGAUGGACAUCAGCACUAGUAGAGGUGCCUGUCAUGGGAAGCAGUAGCUCUGGGUCCUUUUCUGCUCAACAGACUGUUGCUUCUACUUCAGGGUCUGGAGCUACUAGUACCACAGCUGGUCUUAAUAUGGCUGAAGCUUUGGCACAGGCUCCAUCAAGAGCUCGUACAGCUCCGCAGUUAUCUGUCCAGACACAAAGGCUUGAGGAAUUGGCUAUUAAGCAAUCUAGGCAGUUAAUACCGGUGACACCUUCAAUGCCUAAAGCAUUGGUUACAAGUUCUUCAGAUAAAUCAAAACCCAAAGCAGCAACUAGAACUGGUGAGAUGAAUGUCACUGCUAAGAGUGUACAGCAGCCGCAAUCUGUGUUGCACAAUGCUAAUCAAUCCCUUCGUGGUGGAAGUGUCAAGUCAGACACUCCUAAGUCAUCUCAUGGGAAGUUCUUUGUUCUCAAACCAGUGUGGGAAAAUGGUGUUUCCCCUACUUCGAAGGAUGUUACUAGUCCAACAAAUAAUGCCAGCAGUAGAGCAGCAAAUACUCAGCUUGCUGUUGCUCCUCCAGUUGUUUCUGCUCCUUUGAGGAGCCCCAACAGCCAGAAGCUUUCCUCUAUGGAGCGGAAGGUAGCUGCCUUGGAUUUGAAAUCUGGAUCCACCUUGGAAAAGAAAACUUCCUUGUCUCAGCUCCAGAGUCGGAAUGAUUUUUUUAAUCUCAUUAAGAAGAAAACCUCAAGUACCUCUUCAAAUGUUCUUCCAGAUUCAGGCACUAGUAUGUCAUCUCCUACCAUUGAGAAAUCUGGUGAAACAUCUAGUGAAAUGCACAGUGAUCCUACAAGUCCUCAUUCUAUUGAAAAUGGUGCUGAAGUGACUGGCAAUGGUAGUAGCUGUGGAGAGGUUCAGAGGUUUUCUGAUUCUGAGGAGAGGAACAUAUGGCCGAGUGAAGCUGUUUACCCUGAUGAGGAAGAGGUUGCAUUUCUUCGAUCUCUUGGAUGGGAGGAAAAUUGUGGUGAGGAAGCACUUACAGAAGAGGAGAUCAGUGCAUUUUGGAAGGAGUACCUUAAAAGGAGGCCCUUGAAAAACUGCCAGGGCAUGCAGCCAAAGCUUUCAAUGCUAACACUGUCUGAAUCUAAUGCAUCUGAUCUUGGUGGAGCUGCUGAAUUGAGUUCAUCCGAUUCUGGAUCUGAUGCUUGAUUUACUUUUCUCUCAAAAGAGUAGGUCCAAGUUCCGAAUUUUUUGAAGGCAGAUGGUUAGUUUCUUUUUUUUCUUUUGUUUCGAAAGAAAAGUUGAUGAUUUGGAUAUGAAAGGAGAGGGUGGGUUUUCGGUUGGAACUCUGCAUUCUGCAAAUAGUGCAAUAAGAUACAGGCGCCCCAAUCCUAUCUGCUAGAACGGGUUUUUUUUUUUAGGUUUCAAAGUUGAUAGGGGCUAUUUUGUCUGCAGUGAAGGUGCUGUGAAAUUGCAUCCUUUGAUGUAUUUUGGUCUUCUUCUUUCUUUUCUUUCUCUUUUUCUUUUUUCUUUUUUUUUUUUUUUCAUUUUACUUUUACCUUUUUUAUCUUUUUUCUUUUUUUAACCUUCAGGAGGGUUUGAUUCUACAAGAAAAGGCUUAUGCUGUUUUUGGUCAAUUUUACGGAAAAAAGAAGAAAUCAAAAAGUUUUAAUUUUAGCUUCAGUUCA